AUGCGCUUCAAUUCUAAACUUUUCUGCUUUGUCUGUUUGUCCUCUAUUCUUUCAGUGGUAAUUAAUUCAACCAAUGCUGCUCCUAUUACCAUUGCUGCAAACCAACCAAGUUUAAGCAUGUUCUAUAUCAUGAUGUUGGUGCAAGUCUACGUGAUGUUCCAAUCGUUAGGCGCAUGCUCAAUGGGCUGGACUCCAAUCACUGCCACAGCAUGUUAUUUAUCGUUAAUUGCGGCUAUGAUUAAUUUAUUAGCCAUGGUUCUUCAAGGUCUUGACAGGUUCGAAGAAGAUAUGGCUAUUAAAUUAUCUGCUUCCGAUUUUCUAUUAAUGUUGGGUAUACACGAUUUUAAAAAAUUCCAUAAAUUCACCUUUGGAAUUUUUGAUGUCAAUUUUAAUUUGUACGGUCUGGAUAUUGAUGGUUCUACUCAUUUGAAUUGCAUUGAGUUUAUUACCCGUUCUAAUAUAUUGUUACCUAAAGAUACCGAUGUCGAAGUAUGUGUCUCCGACAUUGGAAAGGAAAGGGUUAGGAAUUUACCUCACAAGUUUACGAAAAGCGAACUAUUGAAAAAGAUUAAGAAACUCAUUGAAAAUGAGAAAUUUAAUGACGUAUUGGAAAAUCCAUUAUUAUUUUAUAAACUUCUGUGGGGUAUGUAUGGGGAAAACACUAUCCAAUUCUUAGAUGAACUGUACCGAAUGGUAAAUUCUCUUCGAUCGGAUAAGUGGAAGAUUAUACAUGCUGAAGAUUCUUCCGCAAAGAAGUUGGAAGAAUCAAUUCAUUUAUAUUCUGACCCUGUACUCCAUGAUAGGGAAUUACUAUAUCGUUUCCGAAUCUUUAGGUAA